UGGGUCACGAGGUCCACGAGGUCACGUCGCGCCGGUCGCGCCUCUAUGACCGUGGGUAGCGCCGCUGGAGGUCAAGGUGAACUGAAUCCAUCGGAAAUGUCAGAAUAUGCUUCAUUCAGCACCCCUUGUCUUAGCUUGGCUGAGGUUGAAGACAAGCUGGAGGAGCUUGAUGUCUAUCUGACUGAAGUGACUCUGAAGCUUCAGCUAAUGAAAGAUCGAGCAGAACUGGAGGACCGCACAGAAGAGCUGCGUCAUGAGCUGGCCGAGAGGAGCCACCAGCACCCUGUGCUACCACCUGUACGCCAUGACCUGUUCCUGAUCCGGGCUGGAGUGGUGGGAAAGUCACCCUCACCUGAUGCUACAGACAGCUGGGAACUCCAUACAUCACUGGCUGAUGAGGGGUUCUCACCAGGAGAGUCCACUCAGAAACAGACCUCACAGCCACAGCUACUGCACUCAAGCCCACAUGCCCAGAGGGGGAAAUCUCACCAGGAAGCCAGUGAUGACAGGCGACGGAAACCUGUCUGCGUCUCCAGCACCUGGCGACCCCGGCGUCGUCAGUCCACCAAGACGCGCCUCUGGUCGACGCGCCGUGACCGACGUCGAGACGCGAGGACCGUGCUCGCGACCUCCCGGAGGGGCCUGAAGAAGGGCGCCCGAUUCCUUCAGCCACGUCGCUCAGAAAGAGCGUCGCUCUCUGAGCAGGCCGUAGAGAGUUCUGUUAGCCACGUGAGGGAGGUGAUCGCGCUAAAGAAGCGCUCGGGUCCGUGGGAGGACAAUUUUCAUCUGAGAAAAGUUGCAGAAAACGUUGCGGAUCGAGGGCGAGGUGGCUGGAAGGACCGUCCUUCCUCCGAAGAGGUGCAAACGCAGGCGGUGUUCGGCUCCACGGCAUGGGCGUCGCUCUCAGAAGGCUCUCUGGUUUGGGCCAAACUAGGCACCUCCAAAUGGUGGCCAGGUAUGCUGGUGCGCGGUGAGCGCGGCGGGAUGACCGGAGCCCACCAACAGCCGUGGGUGUUUUGGUUCGGUGACCAUCGCAUCUCCGAGGUUCCCCGUGACAGGGUGACUGAGUUCUCUGCCGGAUUUGAGUCCCUCGUGCAGCCUGAUUACGCCAACAAAACCUACCAGCUGGGCCUAGUGGAGGCGCUCAGGGAGUGUCGCCGCCAGCUGGGCCUUGACCCAAUGACCGGGUCACUGCACCAGGUCAUCAACUGGGGCAGGUCGGCCGUCACCCGGGGCAUGACCUUUCGAGAUGUGAGCGUGCCUGCGUUUGUGCUCUCGUACCUGGAGAAAAUCCGUAAGAGUCAGCGCCGGGAUGGAGGUUCUGCUAGCGAGGGGAAGCCGGGGCCGACCGAGUACCGGGUGCCACCGAGACCCGACGAUCAGAGAGCUCAGUGGCCACGCUCUGUAUCUCUGGAGUCGGUCUGCCUCUCUUGUGGUUCGAACCAGGUGGUGAGGGGACACCCGCUCUUCAUCGGCGGGCUAUGCUCCACCUGCGAACAGGCAGUCACGGACACAAUGUUCGCUUUGGCAGAGGACAAUAUCAGUCCCUACUGUGUGGUCUGCUGCCAGCUAGGUCAGCUGCUUAUUUGUGAUGAAGCCGCGUGCAGCAGGGGCUACUGUUACGUCUGUCUGCGACUGCUGAUUGGUCGUGACGCCCCGGAGUCUCUGACGUCACUAGCUGUCUGGCGCUGCCCUAUGUGUCACGCGACGCGUGACGUCACUGGCCUGCUGCGACGCCGUCCGGACUGGAAACAGCAGGUGGCGGCUCUGUUCACCCCUCGGACCCGUCCCACGCCGCCCCCUCCGGCCGACCAGUUCCGGGACCGGCGACCCAUCCGAGUCCUGUCGCUGUUUGACGGCAUCGCUACCGGGAUGCACGUGCUGACACAGCUGGGGGUGGCCGUGGAGGUGUACCUGGCCUCGGAGACAGAUCAGGACGCCAUCCACGUGGCUGAGAUGAACCACCCGCGCGUCACGCAGAUCGGGCCCGUCGAGACGCUCACCGAUAGUAAGAUAUGCGAGCUGGCGCCCAUGGACCUGGUACUGGCCGGCUCGCCGUGCACUGACCUCAGCGUGGUCAACCCCGCCCGGUGCGGCCUCUACGACCCGGAGGGCACCGGUAUCCUGUUUUUCGACUUUUACCGCGUGCUGCGCAGUGUGGAGGUGUCCAACCGGGGUCGGCACAUGUUCUGGCUGUUUGAGAACACCGCCUCCAUGCCGCUCGAGUACAGAAAGGUCAUCUCGAGGUUUUUGGGGAUGGAGCCGGCCCUGAUUGACGCCAAACACUUCACGGCCCAGAGUCGACCGCGGUUCUUCUGGGGAAACAUACCCGGUCUGUACACACCGCUGCCGCCCCACCUACUGCAGUCAGAGCACAGUAUCGAGCCGUGCCUGGUGCUGCCCAGUCGGCGGCCAGUCACGGAACAGGUGGGCUGCGUCACGACGAGCCGCAACUCACUGCGUCAGGGAAAGCUGGGCGUCACGCCUGUGACGAUGGACGGCGAGGGUGACGUGAUGUGGAUCACCGAAAUCGAACAGAUGUUUGGCCUGCCGCGCCACUACACGGACCUGGGCAGUCUGGGCCCGCAGAAGCGACAACAGCUGUUGGGCAGGGCCUGGAGUGUGCCCGUCAUCAGGCACAUUCUGCACAGCCUGACGCCCUUCUUCGCAACGGCAGACGGAGAGACAGAGAGGGCCUAGUGAGCUCAAAGGUUGGAGAUCUACCCGUGAGAGAUCCUAUGUGGGGAGGGGCACUUAGUGCUGAGUUCCAGUAAUGUGUUGGGAGAAGUGGCUAUUCCAGAAAGCUAGCUAUUCGGUUGUAACAGUUUUGUCCCUUGUCAUACUCAUGUAUGUGCGCUGUGCCUGUUUUUGCUUGUUGAUGUUUAAGCAGCAUCAGUGACCAAAAUGUUUCGGCUGUGAUAACCUGGGUGCUGUUGUGACCAACCAUUGUGUGUUCAGCUUCGCUGACUUUUUGUUGUGCGUUGCGUAUAGUGUAAUGCUCCCUUUUCACCAUGUGAUUUUGAUCUUCUGUCACUGAUCUCGACAAUGAAUGGUGCUAGUCGUGACCUGUUUCAUACGCGUAUUUGUUGCAUGUUUCGAUGUUCAAAUUGUUUAUCUCUAUGGCACGCCCAAUGUUCACUGGUUACCUGUGUGUAUUUGUUAUGUAACCAGUCAGCUGGUUCACCGAAAGCUAGUCAAUUGUUGAACGUAGCGGUGCAGCCUUCUGUGAAAACCAGGAGUCAACUUCCCCUAGCGAUAUAUGAGCGUCUGUGUCUUGCGUAAGCUAUUGGUUUAGCCAAGUCAUUGUGCUUUUUGAACUCUUCAUAAUCUUCCAAUGCAACAGAUGUCAGAUCUGUCGUUUUUUAAGAAAGUAGAUGGUAGCUCGGAAACCCUUUGCUUCUGGAGCAUUGCUACGAACAGGAUAUUAACCCUCGCCCGCACAUGGGGGGGGGGGGGGGGGUUGCCACCCCCCCCCCCCAGGUAGUCUUUCUGCUCUGCACUCAACAUUUUUAGAGCUAGAAGGCUGAUUUUUCGUAUAGCUGCUCGUCUAUCCUUUCUUGAUGUCCACUGAAAAUUUCAAGUUUCUGUGAUUUUUGGUUUCGGAGAUAUGACCUUGUUUUUCAGGUCAUGUCAUGACCCAAAUGGCCAAUUCUCAACAUGUUGCGUUUGCCAUGGGCCUUGUGAGCUUUUGACACCCUGAUUUCGGCCUUUUUUGCUAGUCUUACCUCCCACCUAUCAUGGAACAUGUUGUUGGACGAUGUACAGGGGUCAAGGUCAGGGUCAAGGUCAACCUAGGUCAUCUAAGAUAAUUGCGUUUUAGGCAAGCUGAAUUUACUUUUUGUGAAGUUUUUUGACUGUAUUUUUGGUAAAAGCUUCUCAGAUCAUGAUUUCAUGUAAUAUGGACCCAAAAACAAUCGGUGCACACAUCAGUAUACACACAGACACACACAGACAUACAAACACAUAUAAUUGACCUUGACCUAACUUGACCUGAAAUGACCUCAGCAGCAAAAUUCUGGUCGGGUAGUGUGACAAAGAGGUUCUAGCUGGCUUGGCACCAGAAAACAGCAUCGUCAUCGGUAUUUGAUAAGCAGCGCACUUGAUAUCCAACGGUGACCCAAAACAGCAACAUUUUUUAGUUUGACCUGACCUGGAAGGUCAAUGACUGACCUGAGAAGGUAAAACUGGGUAUCAUUGGAUUCGUCUCUUCCCAAAGAAUCUUUUUUGUCUUUACCGCUAAGCUCUACCUCCAACAGGAACGAAAUGGCGCGGGGGGGGGGGGUGGCAACCACCCCCCCCCAUGUGCGUUCUAGGAUGGGAAAAUGGCAUGUGCGGGCGAGGGUUAAGCUCAGUGCACAGUAACUCAGCUAUCAGUUGCAUGUUGACCACUCUGUUUCUUCUGAAUACAUAUAUUGUCAUUCGUACAACA